AAAAUUGUAAACAUGAACAACACCAAUGGGACCUGUUUACCAGAGACCAGCCACGUCUCCAUUACCGCCCUCAUGAGCCUUGUGUUUUUCAUUAGUUUCAUCUUAAACAUCUUUAGCCUGUGGAUCUUCUGUUGCCGUAUGUCCACAUGGAGCACUGGGACCGUCCUGCAGUUCAACCUGGCUUUAAGCGACACACUGGCCACUCCUGUCACUCCACUCAUGGCUGUGUACUUUGCCAUGGGUAACGAGUGGAUUUUUGGUCGAUUUCUGUGCCAAGUCAAAAUUGCUUUGUUGAGUUCACACUUUUACGGUAGCACCAUAUUCCUCACUUUCAUUAGUGUUCACAGAUACACAGCAGUGGUGCACUUCAACAAGAGCUCCAGAAUGAAAAACAAAGACUUUAUUAAAAAAAUCUGUGCUGGGGUGUGGCUGCUACUUUUAGCGCUAUCUUUAAUUUACUCCUUUAUUCUUCCGGCAACAAAAGAAGGCGAGCAUCGUCAAUGCUUAAAUUUUAGCCAGAAGAAACUUACAAAUGUCUACUAUGCUAUUAACUUUGUCUUGUUUACUAUUGGCUUCUUGCUUCCUCUUAGCAUCUCGGCUCGCUGCUACCUUGGCGUUGCUAACAUGCUGCCACACCUUAACACCAGCACCCCAAAAGGUCUCAAAGUGAAACUGAAAUCGCAGCAAAUGAUACGAAUGUGCCUGUUCAUUUUUGGGAUCUGCUUUUUACCCAUGAAUGUAAUCCGGACGACAGGAGUUAUACUGAUGAAGUACUAUCCUCAAAGAUGUUCCAUGCUUCAGUCAAUUCAGACAGCGUACUAUGCCUCAUGGAUUUUCGCCGGUGUCAAUGGAUGUCUGGACCCGGUGCUGUACUGUUUUGGAUCGCACAGCUUUAGAGACGCUUUGGGCUUUUUAAAGAUGAACCAAGUGGAGUCACCAGGAAGAAGUGCUUCAGAAACAACUGCAAAUCAGUUAGAAUAG